AUGGUGCAGCAGAUUGCAAGGCAUGGAAUUCCCUACGAUCUUCCAACAGAGACAGCAUUGCGAGAGCAAUUGUUGCAAGUGGAGAAAGCCAAUCUUGAAAUUCAACUUGCCAAGGUGAAGGCAUGUAUCGAGAUUGUUGGAGAGGAGAAUGUUGUUUUUAUUGUCACGGAUGGUGAGGCUUCAAACAAGGCUACUACUAGGCUUCUAGAGGCGAGGAAGCCAAGGAUUAUGUGGGCUCCAUGCUUAGCUCAUUGUUUGAACAACAUUCUCAAGGAUUUCGCAAAACUACCAUGGAUGGUUGGGCUACUAGACAAGGGAAAGACUCUAGUUGGCUUCCUCCGGAACCAUUUGCAUCUAGUAGCGAUUUUGGCAUCCUUCUCUUCACGACGAGUGUUGAAGUUCAGCGAAACACGAUUCGCCUUCAACUUUCUUAUGAUGGAGAGAUUGGUGGAGUUGAGGCCAAAGCUACAACAAAUGUUUGUGAGCGACGCUUACAUUGCAAGGCUAGAGUCAAGGACAGAUUCUGGGAUAGCAUGCCAAGGAAUUGUGUUCAACGAUACAUACUGGAACGAGGUUAACCACAUGCUAGGUGUUUCAAGGAGGGUGAUGUAUUUGCUAUGGAUGGUUGACAGAGACAUGCCUGUGAUUGGGAAGGUCUACAAGGGGAUGGAUCAGAUGAGCGAGAACAUCCGUCAACAAGAGGAGAACAAUCUUAGGUAUGAGGAGCUAAACCAACUGAUUUCAAACAGGUGGUGGGCUUAUCAUAGCACCUUUCACUCCGUGGCAUACAUGCUUGAUCCAGAGUUUCAGGGGCGAGGACAGGAAAAAUCCAGGGAAGUUUCCAAAGAUUGGAACAUGUACUUGGAGAUCCAGUUCCCUGACUAUCAGCAAAGGUCAACUAUAAAAAAUCAGCUUUGCCAAUACAGGAACUUGGAGGGUAGUUUUGGCACCGGAGACUCUCAGAUGGAUCGUACAACAAAGGGUUCUGUGCAGUGGUGGGAGGACAAUGGCUACUCAGGUCCAAAUUUGCAGAGGUUGGCAAUUCAAGUGCUUAGUCAGGCAAGUUCUUCCUCAUAUGUGGAGCGAUUGUUCAGCAUUUUUGGGCACAUCGCUUCAAAGAAGAGGAAUUGCUUAGUAGUGAACCGGAUUGCAGACUUGGUAUUUGUGGCCAGUAAUACUAAGUUGAUAGGGAGCCACACUUCCUAUGACAAGUUUGUGGGAUUGAGCCAGACAGAAAGUAUUCCUCAAAUUACUAAUGAUGAUAUUGAAGCUAUGGAAGAAGAGGACGAAGAUGAAGAUGAUGAUCCUGCUAAUGAGGAGCUUCUAGAUGAGAUGGAGUGA